GUCUUUGUGUAGUUGUGUGUUUAUAAAUUUAUAUGCAGCAAAGCUUUCAGUUUCAAAACAAAGCUAAAGAAACCAAGUUUGGAACUUCUACUCCUUCCUCAACCAGGGCUGACGGCCUUCAACCAAAUACAUCCCCCUAAUUUAACUAGUGGAGGUCAUGUCUAUACAUUGCAUGGUGCCAAAACCUGAUGAUACUGGUAGUGAACCCAUGGAAGGUCCACCACUCAUGUCAGAAGAGCCUCAUGACAGACCAUAUCUUGCUUACCCAGUAGAAACCAAUUCACAAUCUAAGUCUCAUACACAAGUAAACUUGUACCCCAUAACUUUGAAGUUUGAGGAGGUUGUAUACAAAGUUAGCUAUGAGCAGAAAGGAACGUGGUGUGGUGGUACACUGCGCACAAAAGAGAAAACAAUACUAAAUGGAGUAACAGGAAUAGUAUGCCCAGGAGAGAUAUUAGCAAUGUUAGGUCCAUCUGGAAGUGGAAAAACCACCUUACUAACAGCCCUUGGGGGGCGCCUGACAGGUAAAAUAUCAGGCAAGAUAUCAUAUAACAGUCAUCCAUUUUCAGGAACCAUCAAGAGGCGUACAGGUUUUGUUGCCCAAGAUGAUGUGUUAUAUCCCCAUCUCACUGUAACCGAAACCCUCUUGUACACUGCACUACUUAGGCUUCCCAAAACUCUUACUCAUGAUGAGAAAACGCAACAUGUGGAGAAUGUUAUUACAGAGCUCGGGCUCAUUCGGUGCAAGAACAGCAUGAUAGGAGGUCCACUAUUCAGGGGAAUUUCAGGUGGGGAGAAAAAGAGGGUAAGCAUAGGGCAAGAGAUGCUCACCAACCCAAGCUUAUUGUUGUUAGAUGAACCAACCUCGGGUCUGGACUCAACUACAGCUCAGCGGAUCCUAACAACUGUCAAACGAUUAGCUAGCAGUGGUCGAACAGUGAUCACCACGAUUCACCAGCCCUCAAGCCGGCUUUACCAUAUGUUCGACAAGCUAGUGUUGCUGUCCGAAGGGUGCCCAAUUUACUACGGCCCUGCAUCAACAGCAUUGGAGUACUUCUUAUCUAUUGGUUUUUCCACAUCCAUGUCUAUGAACCCAGCUGAUGUCUUGCUUGAUCUUGCUAACGGGAUACGACCUGAAUCACUGCAAACAAUUGAGCAAGGUGAAACAACAGAACAAGAGAAAAAAUCUGUAAGACAAAUCCUCAUGUCAUCCUAUGAAAAUAAUAUCUCUCCACGGUUGCGAGCUGAGCUGUUUAAUGCAGAUGUCAAUAACUACAAUUACCCAAAGAAAGAUUCCACAAAAAGGUAUGUGAAGUCAGAGCAAUGGUGCACAAGCUGGUGGAUUCAGUUUAAGGUACUGCUUCUAAGGGGAUUAAGAGAGAGGAGGUAUGAAGCUUUCAAUAAGUUAAGGAUCUUCCAAGUUCUAAGCGUCGCUACACUUGGCGGGCUGUUGUGGUGGAAGACACCAGAGUCACACAUUGAUGAUCGUAUUGCCAUGAUAUUCUUCUUCUCAGUAUUUUGGGGAUUCUACCCACUAUAUAACGCUGUUUUUACUUUUCCCCAAGAAAGAAGUAUGCUUAUAAAGGAAAGGUCAUCUGGAAUGUACCGCCUAUCAUCAUACUUCCUGGCCCGAACAAUCGGAGACCUUCCACUCGAGCUAGCACUUCCAACUGCCUUUACCUUCAUAAUCUAUUGGAUGGGUGGGCUCAAACCUGAUCCUAUCACAUUCAUCCUCACUCUUCUCGUGGUUCUAUACAAUGUCCUUGUCGCCCAAAGCCUUGGCUUAGCCAUUGGUGCCAUACUAAUGGACUUGAAACAAGCGACUACCUUAGCCUCAGUCACAACCCUCGUCUUCCUCAUUGCAGGAGGAUACUAUGUUCGACAUAUUCCACCUUUCAUAGUUUGGCUAAAAUUCUUGAGCUACAGCUACUAUUGCUACAAGCUUCUUCUUGGCGUACAAUACAACGAGGAUGACAUGUACGAGUGCUCAAAAGGAAUCUACUGCCGGAUUGCCGAAAUUCCAGCGGUGAAAUCAAUGGGCCUAAAUAAUUUAGCAGUAGAUGUGUUUAUUAUGGCACUCAUGUUAGUCGGCUAUCGACUAGUUGCAUAUCUAGCAUUGCAACGGGUGAGGUGAUUAAGUAGAUCUAGCUGAGGACUCAACUUUGUUGAAGAGAAAAUUUGAAGAGCUAACUAUUUCUAAAGCUAAAAAAUAAUGUUAGACUAGACGACUAUAUGCUGCCAGAUUUUUCAUCAUCGCCCUAUGAUAACUAGAUGUAAUGCCCGUCUGGCAAAGCAUGGUACACAUAAUAUUUAUAAAAGAAGUUUUUGAUUGUUGCACUAAA